ACUUGGCCAAGUUCUUGCUCACACUACAUCUUUGCAGUACAAGAAAAAUUUGCAAAAUGAAAUCGUGAAAGAAAUGAAUCGGGAAUCGUGGUAAAAUUUUGUUGCUCCUAAAUAUAUUUUAAAACCACGUAAAUUAAGUAAAAACACUAAAAAAAUAUAAUAAAGGUGCGCGCAAAAGUUUUGGUUAUAAAAUUAAGGCAGUAGAAAAUGUGAUUGUGGAAUUUGCGUUGAACGUGUUCACCGAAGUCUCAUUUUCUUUAUACAUUGAAGCCAAAAUAAGGUCGCCCACUUUAUAUACAUACUGUGUAGCCCUGCCUGCCAAAGGAGCAAAAUUUAAACUAGACGCGAUUCUCGGAGUUUGAAUUAUUCUAAUUAUAUAUACAUUUAUAUAUAAAUAUAUAAUAAAAUUAAUAUAAAGUAACAUUUUUGCAAUUUGUGCCUAUAAUUUGUGUUCUAAUUCUGUGAAAAAAGUUCAUAUGGAAAUUUUAUUUUAUUAAUUUCCUUAUCCUUAAAAGUAUAAAAUAAAAAAAUAAUAUAAAUAUACAUAAAAUAUCGAAACCAAACGACCUCAAUUCAAAAGUGAUAGCAAAAAGGCUGAAAUUUUAAUUAAGCGAAAAACGUAGUAAACAACAAUAAAAGUCCAAUAAAAAAUAAUAAAUAAAUAAAUAAAAUGUAUCCAGUCGGACAGCAAUCACAAUGGACUCCCUCGCCUACUCGACCUCAAAGCCCUUCUCAGGCGCAGACUAGCUUCGACACACUCACAUCACCACCAGCACCUGGUUCUUCAGUGAAUCCCACCGCAGUGACCAGCCCGAGUGCACAAAAUGUUGCCGUUGGCAGUGCCACUGUGGGCGGUGCAGCAGCGGCAGCUGCUGCUCAAGCAGCUUUGGGUGCUGCGGCCACCGUAACUGCAGCUGCAGCGACGACGCCCACAACGCAACCAGAACUGCCAGUAUUUACAUGUCCACGACGACCAAAUCUGGGACGUGAGGGUCGACCGAUUGUAUUGCGUGCCAAUCAUUUUCAAGUCACUAUGCCACGCGGCUAUGUGCAUCACUAUGACAUCAAUAUACAACCGGAUAAAUGUCCAAGAAAAGUGAAUCGGGAAAUUAUAGAAACUAUGGUACAUGCAUAUAGUAAAAUAUUUGGUGUGCUGAAGCCAGUCUUUGAUGGUCGAAAUAAUUUAUACACACGUGAUCCAUUACCUAUUGGUAAUGACCGCUUGGAACUCGAAGUUACGUUACCUGGCGAGGGUAAAGAUCGCAUUUUUCGCGUUACUAUAAAAUGGAUGGCUCAAGUAUCGCUUUUUAAUUUGGAGGAAGCCCUUGAAGGCCGCACACGUCAGAUACCCUAUGAUGCUAUAUUGGCGCUUGAUGUAGUGAUGCGGCAUUUGCCAAGCAUGACAUAUACACCUGUCGGAAGAAGUUUCUUUAGUUCUCCUGAUGGGUACUAUCAUCCUUUAGGUGGUGGACGUGAAGUUUGGUUUGGUUUUCACCAAAGUGUGCGUCCGUCGCAGUGGAAAAUGAUGCUAAAUAUUGACGUGUCUGCUACCGCUUUUUAUAAAGCUCAACCCGUAAUCGAUUUUAUGUGUGAAGUUCUCGAUAUCAGAGACAUAAACGAACAACGUAAACCACUUACCGACUCACAGCGUGUUAAAUUUACUAAAGAAAUUAAGGGACUCAAAAUAGAAAUAACCCAUUGUGGGCAAAUGCGUAGGAAAUAUCGUGUUUGCAAUGUAACACGUCGACCGGCACAAAUGCAAUCAUUUCCUUUACAGCUGGAGAACGGACAAACAGUUGAAUGCACAGUUGCAAAGUACUUCCUCGAUAAAUAUCGUAUAAAACUGCGCUAUCCACAUUUACCGUGCUUACAAGUAGGCCAAGAGCACAAACACACUUACUUGCCGUUGGAAGUUUGCAAUAUAGUUGCAGGUCAGCGUUGCAUCAAAAAACUCACUGAUAUGCAAACUUCUACUAUGAUCAAAGCUACAGCGAGGUCAGCUCCUGACCGAGAGCGUGAAAUCAAUACAUUAGUGAAACGUGCUGAUUUUAACAAUGAUUCUUAUGUGCAAGAAUUUGGUUUGACUAUUUCAAAUUCUAUGAUGGAAGUACGUGGUCGUGUGCUACCACCUCCAAAGCUGCAGUAUGGUGGUCGUGUAUCAAGCAUGACAGGACAGCAACUAUUUCCGCCUCAAAACAAAGUCAGUUUAGCGUCACCCAAUCAAGGAGUAUGGGAUAUGCGCGGUAAGCAGUUUUUUACUGGCGUAGAGAUACGUGUUUGGGCCAUAGCUUGCUUUGCACCACAGCGCACGGUGCGUGAAGAUGCUCUACGAAAUUUCACCCAACAAUUACAAAAGAUCUCGAAUGAUGCUGGCAUGCCGAUAAUUGGGCAACCUUGCUUCUGUAAAUAUGCUACUGGACCUGAUCAAGUGGAACCAAUGUUUAGAUACUUAAAGAAUUCAUUUGUAGCAUUACAAUUGGUUGUUGUUGUGUUACCCGGAAAAACACCAGUAUAUGCUGAAGUAAAACGCGUUGGCGAUACUGUGCUCGGCAUGGCAACACAAUGCGUUCAAGCCAAAAAUGUGAACAAAACUUCACCACAAACUCUCUCAAAUCUUUGCCUCAAAAUCAAUGUUAAAUUAGGUGGCAUUAACUCAAUACUUGUACCCUCCAUACGUCCAAAAGUCUUUAACGAGCCUGUAAUAUUUUUGGGCGCUGAUGUUACUCACCCACCGGCUGGUGACAAUAAAAAACCUUCUAUUGCUGCUGUAGUCGGCUCAAUGGAUGCUCAUCCUUCACGUUAUGCAGCGACAGUACGUGUACAACAACAUCGUCAAGAAAUCAUACAGGAGUUAAGCAGUAUGGUGCGUGAAUUACUUGUUAUGUUCUACAAAUCAACUGGUGGCUACAAACCACAUCGUAUUAUUUUAUAUCGUGACGGUGUCUCUGAAGGUCAAUUUCCGCAUGUAUUACAAUACGAAUUGACGGCUAUACGUGAAGCAUGCAUUAAAUUAGAGGCUGAAUAUCGUCCUGGUAUAACUUUUAUAGUCGUACAGAAACGUCAUCAUACACGUCUAUUUUGUGCUGAGAAAAAAGAACAAAGUGGUAAAUCUGGUAAUAUACCAGCUGGAACUACAGUGGAUGUCGGAAUUACACAUCCCACAGAAUUUGAUUUUUAUCUUUGCAGUCACCAGGGUAUACAAGGUACUAGCAGACCAUCUCAUUACCAUGUUCUUUGGGAUGACAAUCACUUCGAUUCUGAUGAGCUCCAAUGUCUCACAUAUCAAUUAUGCCACACCUACGUGCGAUGCACACGUUCUGUAUCAAUACCAGCACCCGCUUAUUAUGCUCAUCUGGUUGCCUUCAGAGCUAGAUAUCACUUGGUAGAAAAGGAACAUGAUUCUGGUGAAGGUUCGCACCAAAGUGGUUGCUCUGAAGAUCGUACUCCUGGAGCUAUGGCCCGAGCUAUAACUGUACAUGCAGAUACGAAAAAGGUUAUGUACUUUGCUUAA